CAGCCCCAGCACUUUAAGAAUUAGUCGUCCAGGUCCAGGGGUCGACAGGGCAUGGAAAAGCUAUUAAGCUGUUUCGCAGCGGAGACUCGGACGCGCGAUGAUGACGAGAAGCGCGGCUCAACAAUGCCAGGGAGCAGGGAUCCCCGAAGGCGAUGGGCAAAAAAAGGGAUGUGAAACAUGGGUUGGCGGGCAGACACUGGAUAUAAAAGGGCAUGUCCCUCAAGGUGGUCCAUAGCAUAUCCCACCCGUUCAGCACAACAACAGCCCUUGGUGCACAGAAACCGAACGCAUUACACCCAUCAUGCCAGACACAAGUAACACAGCGACAGGCACAACGCCGAUACCUACCCCCCCAGGACUCCCGCUGGUUGGCAACGCUUUCGCCUUCGACUCCGAGCUCCCUCUUCGGACUUUCCAGGACUUCGCCAGAGAAUAUGGGGAAAUCUACCGCCUAAACUUGCCCGCCGGUCCGUCGGUGGUUGUUAGCUCACAAGCACUCGUGCACGAACUAUGCGACGACAAGAGAUUCAAGAAACCUGUUUCUGGCCCGCUCGAAGAGAUCCGGAACGGUGUCCACGAUGGCCUUUUCACGGCCCGAGAAGAAGAGACCAACUGGGGAGUUGCCCAUCGAAUCCUCAUGCCCGCCUUUGGCCCAGGCUCGAUCCAGGGCAUGUUCACAGAAAUGCACGAAAUCGCGGCGCAAUUAGCCCUGAAGUGGGCACGACAUGGCCCCGAUGCGCCCAUCAUGGUGACCGACGAUUUCACGCGCCUCACUCUCGACACGCUGGCCCUGUGCACCAUGAACUUCCGCUUCAACUCGUACUACCACGACGACUUGCAUCCGUUCAUCAGCGCCAUGGGCGAUUUCCUUUCCGAAUCAGGUGCCCGCGCCAUGCGGCCAGCCUUGACCUCGGUAUUUUACCAACAAGCGGGCCGGAAGUACUGGGAAGACAUCGAAACUUUGCGCAAGACAGCCCAGGGAGUUCUCGACACAAGGAGAAAGCACAACACCGGCCGAAAGGAUCUGCUCUCGGCCAUGUUGGACGGUGUGGACCCGAAGACGGGACAGAAGCUUAGUGACUCGUCCAUCAUCGACAACCUCAUCACCUUCCUCAUCGCCGGCCACGAGACGACUUCAGGUCUGCUGAGCUUCACAUUCUAUCUCCUAAUCAAGCACCGCGACGCCUACCGUAAGGCACAAGAAGAGGUAGAUAAUGUGAUAGGCAAAGGGCCGAUUCAGGCGGAGCACAUCAAGAAGCUCCCUUAUAUUGCCGCCGUUCUCCGCGAGUCACUGCGCUUGUGUCCCACGAUCCCAAUCUUUGCCCGUGCGGCGAAGGAAGACACCGUGAUCGGAGGCAAAUACUUCGUCGCAAAGGACCAGAGGUUCGCUCUUCUACUGGCCGAGUCACACCUGGACCCCGCUGUCUACGGGGAGACGGCCAAGGACUUUGUGCCCGAGCGCAUGCUCGACGAGAGUUUCGAGCGCCUGACCAAGGAGUACCCCGAUUGCUGGAAGCCGUUCGGCACUGGCAUGCGGGCUUGCAUUGGCCGCCCAUUCGCGUGGCAGGAGGCCGUCCUCGUCAUGGCCAUGCUGCUCCAGAACUUCAACUUUGUCUUAGAUGACCCGAGCUAUGAGCUGCACUACAAACAGACCCUGACGACGAAGCCCAAGGACUUUUACAUGCGGGCCGUUCUUCGAGACGGACAAACCGCGACCGAGUUGGAGCGUCGGCUCGCUGGGGACGCCACCCCUAGCAAGCAACCGAAUGGGCACUCCAGGACGACAGCACCCAAGGCUGCUCUCUCCGGGGAAACCAAGCCCAUGAGCAUCUUCUACGGGUCCAACACAGGCACAUGCGAAAGCCUUGCCCAGCGGCUUGCGACCGACGCAGCAUCCCACGGAUAUGCGGCUACGGUGGUUGAUCCGAUGGACACGGCCACAGAGAGCUUGCCCACGGACCGCCCGGUGGUGAUCAUCACUGCGUCCUUCGAGGGCCAGCCGCCAGACAACGCGGCCAAGUUUUGCACCUGGUUGAAGAGCCUCAAAGCCAACGAGCUCCAAAAUGUUUCGUACGCCGUCUUCGGUUGCGGACACCACGACUGGACCCAGACCUUCCACCAGGUCCCCAAACUCGUUGGUCAGACCAUGAAAGCUCGUGGAGCCUCUCCCGUCUGCGACAUGGGUUUGACCGACGCGGCCCAGGGGGACAUGUUCACCGACUUCGAGCAGUGGGAAGACGACGUCUUCUGGCCGGCUAUCGAGGCCAAGUACGGCGCUGCGGACGGAGCCCCUGAGGCCGACGAAACCGUGAACUCAGACAGCCUCGACGUUCAGUUCUCUAGCCCCCGAUCCUCCACCCUCCGCCAGGACGUCAAGGAAGCGACUGUGCUCGCGGAGAGGGUACUCACUGCGGCCGGCAGUUCACCAAAGAAGCAUAUGGAAGUCCAACUCCCGGACGGGGUGACAUACAAAGUCGGGGACUAUCUCGCCGUGCUUCCCGUCAACUCAAAGGACAGCAUCAGCCGAGUCAUGCGGCAGUUCAAACUUUCUUGGGACUCGCAUAUUACCAUCGGGUCAGACAGAUGGACCGCUCUACCAACUGGCACGCCCGUUCCGGUUUACGAUGUACUUGGGUCUUACGUCGAACUUUCACAGCCGGCGACGAAGAGGGGAAUCCUAAAACUAGCUGAUGCAGCCAGUGACGAUAACACCAAACAACAACUUCAGGAGCUUGCCGGUGCCUCGUACGCCGGCGAAAUUAGCCUCAAGCGGGCCUCCAUACUCGAUCUCCUAGACAAGUUCCCCUCGGUCUCACUUCCGUUCGGCACCUUCCUGUCGCUACUUCCGCCCAUCCGUCCCAGGCAAUACUCCAUCUCCUCGUCGCCCCUCGACAACCCCAGCCGGGCAACGCUGACAUACUCGCUGCUCGACUCACCUUCCCUCGUCAACCCUGACAAGAGGUACAUGGGCGUUGCCACCUCAUACCUCUCGUCCCUCGUCGCUGGGGACAAGCUCCUCCUCUCGGUGCGCCCUACGCACACCGCAUUCCGCCUACCGGAUGCAGAACACAUGGAUAAAACCCCCAUCAUUUGUGUGGGUGCUGGUUCUGGGCUCGCCCCCUUCCGCGGCUUCAUCCAAGAACGGGCCGCGCUGCUUUCCAAGGGGUCCCAACUUGCCCCUGCGCUGUUGUUCCUAGGCUGCCGCGGACCACAGAUGGAUGACCUCUACCGUGAAGAGUUUGACAAGUGGCAAGAGCUUGGUGCGGUCGAUGUCCGGCGGGCGUUCAGCCGUGCCGAACCGGACGAGGGCGAGGCACACGGGUGUAAACAUGUGCAGGAUAGGCUCUGGCAUGACAGGGAGGAAGCCAAGGACAUGUGGAAAAGUGGUGCCAGGGUGUAUGUAUGUGGCUCGAGAGUUGUGGGCGAAGGGGUGAAGAAGGCCAUGGGCAGGAUCGUACUUGGUGAUGAGGCUACCGAGGAUGAGAUUACGCGGUGGUAUGAAGGGGUCCGGAAUGACCGCUACGCCACGGAUGUGUUUGACUAAGGGCAGGGUCCGGGGAGUACGGGAGCGACAGUGUGUUUUCCACUCAUAGAGUUUAUAGAG